AUGAUGUAUUGUAUUCGUAUGUAUUGGGCACAACGACCUCCAACUAAUUAUCGUGAAUAUGAUAGUUAUGGACCACUUUUCGCAAUGAAUGAACAUGUAGCAAUAUUUGCACAAAAUGAUAAAGUACGUUUUGUUCUUGUAAAAAAGCCGUAUAAUAGUUCUUCGAUGUGGAAUUGUACGUUAGACUAUACUAAAAUUAAACAUUCUUCAACAUCAAUGACUUAUUUCGUAUAUAGUGUAGCUAUUGGAGCAAAACAAAAUAGUAGCCAUUUAGCAUUUGCUUAUAUAGAAGAGAAUGGUCAAAAUCAUGUGUUUUUAACAGUGAUUUUUCUUGAAGAUACUGCCACGGGCUGUUUGAAUUUAAAUCGAAAUUUAUCAUUCAAUGUGACUGAAUGCGCCAUGGGAGAAAAUGGCAUCGUUGCGAUGGAUCCAUAUGGAUUGCGAGCUUAUGCAAUAAGUACUUUUUGUAGUGCUUUUAUUAAUUUAACAACGAGUGAAGCUUCAAUAAUAGACAACAGUAAAGUGGUCGAUAUGGAAAGUAUUGAAGCUCAGGUAUUCUUUCCAAAAGCUAUAACAAUUACCGAGGAUCAUCAUGCAUUUAUAGCUUGUCAUCGUGCAGUGUUUAUUAACUAUGGUUUUAUUGCUUAUUUAUAUGUAGUGAAUUUUCUUGAUUUUAACAAUGCUAAACUCAUAACAUUAGUAGAAUUAACACCGUAUAAUUUCGGUCAGGAUGGAAGAAUUAUCAAUCGGAAUACAACGAUGUCUAUUGCACUUGAUGAACAAUAUGGAGUAGUACUUGUGGGUAUCCCUCAAUUGGAUAUGGUAAUUUUUUCAACAUAUAAUGACACAAAACAUCUAGAAAUCUUCGCAAAACAAGUAUCAGAUCAAAGUGGAGUUGGAUUUGGUAAAUCUAUUGCAUUGAUCAAUGGUGAUACAUAUGUAGUACUUGCUUAUGCGCAACCUACUCUACCAUGGUCUAAAUCUCAAAUACAGGUGAGAAUAAUUAUAAUCAUAAGUCGAAAAAGGAAAUAA